AUGGCUGCGCCCGUGUCGGCAACUACGGCUUCAGUACAACCGCCUCCGCCUCAGCGUCACGCUCAGUACAAGAAGAAGAUCUCACCGAAACCGAAGUCGAAGGCCGCACCUCUUCAGGGCAAGCUGAAGUCCCGCAAAGUCCGUUCAAAAAAGACGUCGAAGCUCGUUAUUGAUGCCGCGGACUCUGCCGCCAUUGUCGACGACUACCAUGACGCUCUGUGGUACAAAGCGGGAGAGGGCGAUCUGUUCUUUGCGCACUGGCUCUUGGGUCGCUGUAAUGGUGUGGGGGACGCCAUGACGCCGCAGUCCGUGGACGUCUUGAAGCGGAUGUUUGCGCUGUAUCAUGUUCAGUGUAGAUUACGUCAGGAGCUCUCUCGAAGCUCUAGACAGGAAGUUAAUGGGAAGGCAGAAGCUCUAGAGCACAAGAGUGAUGUUGAAGAGGCUUUUUGGUCUGUGGAAGAGAUUGUGGAGCAGGUCGGAGACGUGCUGAGAGUCUCGAGGUUGGAGCUGAUGAAGCAGCAGGAAGCAGCGGACAAGUCCAAUACAAAGAGAAGAGGAAGUUUUGAGAGGACUGUUGUGACGGAAGUGGUGGAAAGUGCGACGGAACUGAUACUGAGUAGAGCGACAAGGGAAGAUGAGGUGCUACUGAGACGUUGGAUCGAUCUCUUGAGGAAGAAGGAUAAAAUAGAAACAGACGUGACGACAGGGAGUGUGCGUGAAGCCUGCACCGAAAUAAAUGCAGGUGAUACGAACGUUACAAAACAAAAGCGAAAGAAGCGUCAAGAGAAGAUGCGGGUGCGCAAGAAACCGACAAAAACGGCAGAAGAAACCGCUUGUGAGCAAGUCGAGUCAUUUCUGACGUUCUUGGUGGAGUCAGCGCAAAUCCCGACGCUAGCAACAGCUUCCGUGACAGCGGCACCGUCAGAGGUUGAAAAGACAUGGUCAUUGGAGCUACAGCAAAUCGUGGAAUCAUCGAGCAUUGAUCCGCAAGAGGAGGAGCGCCGUUUGCAAGUGGCUCGGGAUAUUCAGGCAGUCCUUCGACGGGAAGUGAGCCAGUGGCGACAUUGCGAGGUGAUCCUGUACGGUAGCUCGUUGACUCAGUACGGCUCUAAGAGAUCGGAUCUGGAUAUAUGUCUCCUUUCUAAUGGUCACAGCACCGACGAAUGUGUCAAUCCAUCAGAAGCAGUUGUUGGAAAGCGUGAGCUGCAGCGCUUGAUUGACGGAAAAUCUGGCGAGAAUGGACAUGUCCGAAGUGAUGCUGGAGCUGCCAGGCAGUUGUCAGAUACAGGUGCAUUAGUACGAAAGAGCAUCGAGAAGCUCACACAAGCACUGAACACACUGGACCGAUCGGGCGUGAAUGGUGAUAAGCUGGCUAAGCAGCAGUAUCAUCUGGAGUUUUUCUACGACCAAAUGCGGCUGCUCCGCAAUGCCAUCCUGGCUGAACUCUCAAAGCUACCUGAAAGCCACCUGACAAACGAGGGUAUGAGUGCACACCUGCAAGCGACCAUUGCUGCCAGCAAACGUUGCACUAGCGACCUUUAUCGCAUACGUGAAAUCCUACAACGUGUUGUUAAGUGCGAGGUGCGCCAAGUGAUAGUUGGCGCCCGCGUUCCUAUCAUUCGCUUCUUGCACACACGCAGUGGUUGUGAUUAUGAGUGCGACCUGUGCUUUGGAAAUGUGUUGGCUACGCACAACACGCCUCUUUUGCGUGCGUAUGCCUCUUUCGACGAUCGUGCGCGCGCUCUGGGGCUCGCUGUGAAGCACUGGGUCAAGCAGCGAGGUAUUAGUGACGCGUCGAUGGGGUUUCUUAGCUCCUAUUCGUUCGUGCUAUUGACCAUAUUUUACUUGCAAGUGGUUCACGUGCUUCCGAAUCUGCAAGAUCCGAAGCUUUUGGAGUAUGCACACGUUGAGCCAGUCUACGUUAAUGAUGUCAACAUCGCUUUUUGCAAGGAACGCGAUAUUGCUCAAGCCUACCAUCAGCUCACGUCAUCAGGUGGUAUUUCCGAAAUGUCGGUGGCACGUCUGCUGGUUGGAUUUUUUGAAUUUUACGUCAAACAAUUCGAUUUUGCGAAGCGUGUCGUGACUGUGCGAGCACCAGAGACACCUGUGCUAAAACUUCAACACUGGGGCAGUCGUAAGGCUAAGACAUGGCGUUUGAGUAUUCAGGAUCCUCUGGAGACUGGACGUGAUUUAGGAUGCGUUUUGCAAUUCAAGGGACAGGAGAAAAUUAUUUGUGAGCUCCGCCGUGCACACAGAAUACUCGUCCAAGGUGGAAGUUUCAUCGACGAGGUCUGUGCUAUCGAAAAAUCUGUCGAAGAAGUGAGUGAUGCCGGGAAAGCAAAGCAAAAGAAUGGAGUUGCUACACCAGCAUACAGGGUACAGGGCGACCGACGUCUGCAGCAAGCAGAUGAGGACAAGCGUUCGUUCUCGUUGUCGUUAGAAAGCGCUGACGAAGGGUUGACAAAGGAAAUGAUUGAGCUGUUGUUCAAAGAUUUUCAGGCAUCGGUCAGCGUUGCCAAGGUGGUAAAAGCGACAACUUUCGAUGCUACAGCCGGUGAUGAUAACGAUGCGGGAUACACGAGGAAGCGGUGGGAAGUUGAGCUGCAGACGCAUGGUAAAAGGUAUCCUCGCAAGCUAUCCGGUACAACUCGAAUAGAUUGGGAGUCGGUAGAUGGUCGUGGGGGCCGCGUAUGGCUUCAUCACCAGGCCUUAUAUGCUACGCCGCCCUGUCGUCAGUGUCUAUCGCCCAAGCAUGCAACAAGCACGUGCUUGAUAAAUGGUAGACAUGAAGGCGACGACUAUGGCGGUGCAGGUGAUAGGGGCGGGCAGGUUGACAAGAAGACAGCAGACAGGAAUACCCAUCGACGUGUUCUUCGUUUAAAGCUGCAGAGUGGUCCACAAGUUACUGUUGUAAAAAAAGAGGGCAGUCGUCGCAAGAAGCAGCAGCAGCAAGAUGGGGCUUCAGAGCAAGCCCAGUCUGUAACAACGACGAAGCCUAGCAACAGGCGCCGCGCGAAUGAACUCGGCAAAAAGAAGUUUCGUGGAAAGAAGAAACCGGAGACAGAGCAAGUCGCUACUGAAUGUAUCGGGUUUAUGGAGGUUGAAAUAGUUGCGGCGUCUGCUCAGGGCGAAGGAGAAGGCGGACCGACAGGUAAGACGCUUCAAAAGAAGAAAAAGUGGCAGCAGCGGGUCUACCGCAAGAGGGAUGUUUGA